CGGAUUUUUUAUAAUUUCUAUUAUACUUUUAUUGGUAGAUUGAAACAUGUCAAAACGAUUAUUACGCAGUGCGCAAAUUAAAUCACAGAUAUUUUAUAAUAAACUUGCAGCUGGACCUUCUUUUGAAGAUUUUAUUAAAUCUAGUGUAUCAGGUAAAACGCCAUUAGAACUUCCAAAACCAACACGCCUUCCAAAUUGGCUACGUACACGUCCUAUUCCUGAUAGUGAUAAUUAUAAACGUAUUAGACGAGAUCUUCGUGGUCUUGGGUUACAUACUGUUUGUGAAGAAGCGCGAUGUCCAAAUAUUAGUGAAUGUUGGGGAGGAAGUAGUAAAUCAUCUGCUACAGCUACAAUUAUGUUAAUGGGGGAUACAUGUACACGAGGAUGUCGUUUUUGUUCAGUUAAAACGAGUGCUACACCUCCACCACUUAAUCCAAAAGAACCUGUACAUACGGCAGAAGCUAUAGCCCGUUGGGGUCUUGGAUAUAUUGUAUUAACAAGUGUAGACCGAGAUGAUUUAAAAGAUGGAGGGGCAGCACAUUUUGCAGAAACAAUUAUUGAAGUAAAAAAAAGAUCGCCAAAUAUUCUGGUUGAAGCAUUAACAGGUGAUUUUGGAGGUCAAAUGGAUAGCGUAGCAACCGUUGUCAUGUCAGGAUUGGAUGUGUUUGCACAUAAUCUUGAGACAGUUGAAACGUUAACACCAUAUGUUCGUGAUAAACGAGCUACAUUUCGUCAAAGUUUAAGUGUUUUGGAAUAUGCAAAAAUAUGUCGACCCAAUUUAAUUACAAAAACGAGUUUUAUGCUUGGUAUUGGUGAGACUGAAGAAGAAAUUGAAGCAGCACUUAAAGAAUUACGUAAAAUAAGUGUUGAUAUUGUUACAUUUGGCCAAUACAUGAGACCAACUAAAAAGCAUAUGAAAGUGUAUGAGUAUGUUCAUCCAGAUACCUUUGAAAAAUAUAAGAAAAUGGCAGAAAAUAUGGGAUUUAUGUAUAUUGCAUCAGGACCACUAGUCCGAUCUAGUUAUAAAGCCGGUGAACUAUUUAUUGAAAAUGUUUUAAGAAAGAAUCAACAAAAUUAGUGAAGAUAUCUAUAAAGCAUAUGAAAGGCAUUUUUGUAUUGAU